AUGAGAAGAAGGAAUAUAGAUCGUAUUGAAUCAGAUGUACCAAUAGAUUUUGAAGAACAACAAUAUUUUAUCGAACUGCUCCAAAACAAUGAAUUAGCAAACUUCAAAUUAUAUAGACGUAUAUUAAAAAUUAUAUUUUUACUUCAAACGCCAUUCACAGUAUAUUGGAAGCUGCUUAGAAAAGCAUAUCCAGGAUCAUGUUUGGUUAGUUUACUCUCUAUUUCCUUAACAGUAAUUUAUUUACAUUUUGAAUUGCUGGAAUUAAUAAAGUCUGCGCCGCGUGGUACCACACAACUGAUUGCAAAUGUAUUACUCAAUCCAAUAAUUUACCACAUUAUAAAUGGAAUAUUAUGUUUGAAAUUAAUAAGUACUAUUUACUAUGGAGAAUUGAUCUGGAGAAUAUUUUUCAUAUUGCCCAUAGCUGAUUUAAUCAUUUGUUUAGUAUUAAGCUAUUGGCAUCAAACAAGUAUCGAGAACAUUAAAGAGUUGAAGAAUUUGACAUACAAGUAUAAGGCUAGUUGA